CUGCCUCCUCUGGCCUGCAUCCGUGGGGGAGGUGGCUGGCUGCAGGGUUCUCCGGAUCUCUUCUGUGUUCCCACUACUCAAGCACCGAGUGGCGUUCUAUGGCGUCCGCCUCGGCUCAGCCCGCGGCCCUGAGCGCGGAGCAGGCCAAGGUGGUCCUGGCGGAGGUGAUUCAAGCGUUCUCGGCCCCAGAGAAUGCCGUGCGCAUGGACGAGGCUAGAGACAAUGCGUGCAACGAUAUGGGCAAGAUGCUGCAAUUUGUGCUGCCCGUAGCCACACAGAUCCAACAAGAGGUUAUUAAAGCCUAUGGCUUCAGCUGCGACGGGGAAGGUGUCCUUAAGUUUGCCCGCCUGGUCAAGUCUUAUGAAGCCCAGGAUCCCGAGAUUGCCAGCCUGUCAGGCAAGCUGAAGGCCCUGUUCCUGCCACCCAUGACACUGCCGCCCCAUGGGCCUGCUUCUGGAAGCAGUGUGGCAGCCUCCUGAGAUUGGUUCUCGUAUGUGUGCUGCUGCUGUGGAGGCGGCCCUUGUGUUCCAGAGGAUAAUAAAUGUACUUGUGACUAAA